UGGCGGCCUUAGGCCCCGGAUGUGGCUGCGGCGCUGCUCCUCCCCGAUUCUCUCUGCCGGGCCGCGCGCCCCCGCUGCACUCCCUCGCUCGCAGCCCGAAGGCCCCUCGGGCGCGUCGGGAGGCGCCCGGGCGGCGCGGAGCGGUGCAGGAGCGGGUGUCCCGGAAGCCGCGCGGUGGCGGAGCGGGCGGGGCCCGGCGCUCGUCCCCGGCCCGGCGCGCCCCGGCCGCCGCCAUGAGCGGCUCCUCGGGUACCCCGUAUCUGGGCAGCAAGAUCAGCCUCAUUUCCAAGGCGCAGAUCCGCUACGAAGGCAUCCUCUACACCAUCGACACCGACAACUCCACCGUGGCGCUCGCCAAAGUGAGGUCCUUUGGUACUGAAGACCGUCCCACAGAUAGGCCUGCUCCCCCAAGAGAGGAGAUUUAUGAGUACAUCAUCUUUCGGGGAAGUGAUAUCAAAGAUAUUACCGUAUGUGAACCUCCAAAAGCUCAGCACACACUCCCUCAGGACCCUGCUAUCGUUCAGUCUUCCUUGGGCUCUGCCUCUGCCUCGCCCUUCCAGCCUCACGUGCCUUAUAGCCCCUUCAGAGGGAUGCCGCCCUACGGCCAGCUGGCCGCCAGCUCCCUGCUCAGCCAGCAGUAUGCCGCCUCCUUAGGUCUCGAGAAGUUGGUAAGCCCUCCAGCCUCAGCCGCUGCUUCCAGUCCUAGUUCUUCUCCAUCUCCACAGCCUGUUUCAGAGCUUGACAUGUCCUCAGAGCCACCUCAGCUCACUUCCAAGGGAGCUGGUUUUCCAUCUGUCCCAGUUGGCAAGAGCCCCAUGGUGGAACAGGCUGUCCAGACUGGUUCUGUUGAUAACCUGAAUGCCAAAAAGCUGUUACCUGGCAAGGGCACCUCAGGGACACAGCUCAGCGGUCGCCAGGCCCAGCCGAGCAGCAAGACCACUGGUGAUGUAGUCCAGCCAACAGCUGUGCACACUCAAGGGCAGGUGAAUGAUGAGAACAGAAGACCUCAGAGGAGGCGGUCAGGGAACCGGCGAACAAGAAAUCGCUCCAGAGGGCAAAACCGUCCUACUAAUGUCAAGGAAAACACAAUCAAGUUUGAAGGAGAUUUUGAUUUUGAGAGUGCAAAUGCCCAGUUCAACAGAGAGGAGCUUGACAAAGAAUUUAAGAAGAAACUAAAUUUUAAAGAGGACAAGGCUGAGAAGGGGGAAGAGAAGGACCAGGCUGUGGUCACGCAGAGUGAUGAAACUCCUGCUGAGGAGGACCUUCUGGGUCCCAACUGCUACUACGACAAAUCCAAGUCGUUCUUUGACAACAUCUCUUCUGAGCUCAAGACCAGUUCUAGACGAACAACAUGGGCCGAAGAGAGGAAGCUGAAUACAGAGACCUUUGGGGUAUCAGGGAGGUUCCUCCGCGGCCGCACCUCCCGCGGUGGAUUCCGAGGAGGCAGGGGCAACGGGACCACUCGCCGCAACCCAACCUCCCACAGAGCGGGGACUGGCAGGGUAUAAGGACGCAGCCUCCUGCGUUCCUGCCGAAGAGGUACAGGUGGUGCUGCACAUAAAAGGACACAGGAAACAAUGCAUACGGGGGAAGUGGGUCCCAAAUUCCCAUA